UUCUGGGCCUCGCUCUUCCUGUCUGUGAAAUGGACUGCGAGUGGCAGUCUCAGUGUCUCACUCUGCGUCCUGCCCCUCCGGGACUACAAAUCCCAAGGUGCUCGAGGUGUCCCCGGCCCCCUUCCCCCUGCGGGACCCGCCUCCCUCCAGCCCGAGUCACGUCGUCUAACCUGUUCCCGGCUCCUGACCCGCCCCGUUCUCCGCUCCCGGCCGCUGGAGCCGGCGCGGGAGGAAGCCCCCCGGUGCCAGGAUCUGCCCCGGACCCGCGCCCCGCUGCGGCCGGCACCAUGGACAGCGAGGCGUUCCAGAGCGCGCGGGACCUUCUGGACCUGAAUUUCCAGUCGCUGGCCAUGAAACACAUGGAUCUGAAGCAGAUGGAGCUGGACACGGCGGCGGCCAAGGUGGACGAACUGACCAAGCAGCUGGAGUCGCUGUGGUCAGACUCGCCAGCGCCUCCUGGCCCGCAGGCCGGAGUCUCCCCUAGGAUGUCUCGCUACAGCUCCAGUCCGGUCCCCGAGCCUUUUGGGAACCGAGGGUCCCCCCGGAAGGCAGCCACCGACAAUGCAGACACCCCGUUCGGACGCUCCGAGAGUGCUCCGUCCCUGCACCCUUACAGUCCUAUGUCCCCCAAGGCCCGGCCGUCGUCCCCGCGCACCCCGCUCUACCUGCAGCCGGACGCCUACGGCAGCCUGGACCGCGCGCCCUCGCCCCGGCCCCGCGCCUUCGAGGGCGCGGGCAGCACCCUUGGUCGUGCGCCCUCCCCGCGGCCGGGGUCAGGCCCACUCCGCCAGCAAGGUCCCCCCACGCCCUUCGACUUCCUGGGCCGGGCGGGAUCCCCCCGAGGCAGCCCGUUAGCCGAGGGUCCCCAGGCCUUCUUCCCGGAGCGCGGACCUUCGCCGCGCCCGCCCGCCGCAGCCUAUGACUCGCCGCAGGCCCUCGGGAGCCCGCUGCUGGGCGCGGGCGGCAGCGCCUUCGCUCCGCCUCUGCGCGCGCAAGAUGACCUGACCCUGCGUCGGCGGCCCCCGAAAGCCUGGAACGAGUCUGACCUGGACGUGGCGUACGAGAAGAAAUCUUCGCAGACGGCUAGUUAUGAACGCCUGGAUGCCUUCGCGCGGCCCGCCUCGCCUGGCCUGCAGCUGUUGCCAUGGAGAGAGAGCAGCCUGGAUGGGCUGGGGGCCACGGUCAAGGUGAACCAGGGCAAGGACAACCUCACCAGUGCCACCCUGCCUCGCAAUUACAAGGUGUCCCCGCUGGCCAGCGACAGGCGCUCCGAUGUAGGCAGCUACCGCCGCUCGCUGGGCUCCUCAGGGCCCUCUGGCACCUUGCCCCGCAGCUGGCAGCCCGUCAGCCGCAUCCCCAUGCCCCCCGCAGCCCCGCAGCCCCGCAGCGCCCCGCGCCAGCGCCCCAUUCCGCUCAGCAUGAUCUUCAAGCUGCAGAACGCCUUCUGGGAGCAUGGGGCCAGCAGGGCCAUGAUCCCCGGGUCCCCCAUCUUCUCCCGAGCACCCCCACCAAAGCUGCCUCCCCAGCCCCAGCCACCCCCACAACCCCAACCCCAGAUGCCCCCCCAGCCCCAACCCCAGCCUCAGCCCCAGGCCCAGGCCCCAGCUCCAGCCCUGCAGCCCCCUCAACAGACUUGGCCCCCUGUGAACGAAGGCCUCCUCAAGCCCCCCACUGAGCUGGAGCCUGAGCCUGAGCUAGAGGGGCUGCUGACACCAGUGUUGGAGGCUGGGGAUGCAGAUGAAGGCACUGUGACUCGGCCCCUCAGCCCCACAAGGCUGCAGCCAGCGCUGCCACCAGAGGCCCAGUCGGUGCCCGAGCUAGAGGAAGUGGCAAGAGUGCUGGCAGAGAUUCCUCGGCCCCUCAAACGCAGGGGCUCCAUGGAGCAGAGCCCCGCCGUGGCCCUGCCCCCCACCCACAAGAAGCAGUACCAGCAGAUCAUCAGCCGCCUCUUUCACCGGCAUGGUGGGCCAGGGCCUGGGGGCCCUGAGCCAGAGCUAUCUACCAUCACCGAGGGAUCUGAGGCCAGGGCUGGACCUCCUGCUCCUGCCCCACCUGCUCCCAUCCCCACCCCAGCCCCACCCCAGAGCAACCCACCAGAGCAGCCUCAGAGCACGGAGAUGCGCUCUGUGCUGCGGAAAGCCGGAUCCCCGCGCAAGGCCCGGCGCGCGCGCCUCAACCCGCUGGUGCUGCUGCUGGACGCGGCGCUGACCGGGGAGCUGGACGUGGUGCAGCAGGCGGUGAAGGAGAUGAACGACCCUAGCCAGCCCAACGAGGAGGGCAUCACCGCCCUGCACAACGCCAUCUGUGGCGCCAACUAUCCCAUCGUGGACUUCCUCAUCGCUGCGGGCGCCAAUGUCAACUCCCCCGACAGCCACGGCUGGACACCGCUGCACUGCGCGGCCUCCUGCAACGACACGGCCAUCUGCACGGCGCUGGUGCAGCACGGCGCCGCAAUCUUUGCCACCACGCUCAGCGAUGGUGCCACUGCCAUCGAGAAGUGCGACCCCUACCGCGAGGGCUACACCGACUGUGCCACCUACCUGGCAGACGUGGAGCAGAGCAUGGGGCUGAUGCACAGCGGGGCGGUGUACGCCCUCUGGGACUACAGCGCCGAGUUCGGGGACGAGCUGUCCUUCCGCGAGGGCGAGUCGGUCACGGUGCUGCGGAGGGACGGCCCGGAGGAGACCGACUGGUGGUGGGCAGCGCUGCAUGGCCAGGAGGGCUACGUGCCGCGCAACUACUUCGGGCUCUUCCCCAGGGUGAAGCCUCAGAGGAACAAAGUCUAGCAGGACAGAAGGACAUUUCCCAGGGAGACAAGAGCAAGCCGGGCUGCAGAGCUCCAGAGCUCCCUCCCCUGCACUUACUGCCCCUGGCCCCGCAGGGGUGCGGCCCUCACCAGGAGUUCUCUGCUCUCCCAGAAGCGCAGGGGAGAACUCCAGCCUUACGUUUAGGAACCUGCCUUAGCCAUUGGAGGCCCAGGGGGCAAGGUUGGGAAUCUUUGCGGGCAGGAGGCCUCCCUCCCCCUAAUUUGCCAAAUCUGAUCCUGUCCAAAGUGCCUCUCUCACUUGCUCGGGUCAGGAUCCCUGCCCCAACUCUCCCCAAAUUAAGUGCCUUCAUAAAG